UGGUCAGUAAAGCUCAACCGUAGAUAUGAAGAGGACGGCGCUAGGUGUCAUAUUUUGCCUGGCCGUAGCGCUCAGCCAUGCAUCAGUGAGGGUCCGUCGUGGUGGCUACGGUAGCCACGGAGGCGGUGGUUACGGCGGCGGCGGGUACGGCGGUGGAGGCGGCGGGUACGGCGGUGGAGGCGGCGGUGGAUUCGGUUUCGGCGGCGGCGGCGGUGGCGGUAGCGGCGGCGGUUUCGGCGGUGGGUUCGACGGCAUAUCCGACGGCGUCAACGGCAUUAUUGGAACAGUGAGGUCCGGGCUUCAGCACCUUGCCAAAAGCGCUGCUAGCGGCAAUGGGAAGUUCGUGAGCACGAAGUCUGAUGAUGGGAAAUCGGGCGGUUUCGCGUUCACUGGCACCCUGGGCGGAAAGGGAGGAUACGGCGGCGGGGGUGGCUACAGUGGCGGCGGGGAUGGUUUCAGUGGCGGAGGGGGCGGUUUCGGAGGCGGUAGCGGACUCGGUGGAGGAAGCGGACUAGGUGGAAGCGGAGGCCACGGAGGAUCUGGAGGCUUUGGCGGAAGUGGCGGUGGCGCUGGAGGUCUUGGAGGUGGAAGCGGAGGUUAUGGCGGCAGUGGAGGCGGAGGCGGCUUUGGAGGAGGCCUCGGUGGCGGUGGAGGAGGCGGCCAUGGAGGCAGUGGAGGAUUUGGAGGCGGAUCCAGUGGUGGAUUGGGCGGAGGAAACGGAGGCGGCCUUGGAGGAGGACAUGGCGGCAGUGGAGGAUUCGGAGGCGGGUCAAGUGGUGGAUUGGGAGGAGGUUCCGGAGGCUCUGGAGGUCUAGGAGGUGGCCACGGAGGCAGCGGUGGAUAUAGUGGCGGUGGCGGUGGAUUUGGAGGCGGUGCUGGAUUUGGAGGAGGCGGUGGUUUUGGAGGAAGCGGUGGAUAUGGCGGCGGAUCUAGCGGCGGUCUGGGAGGCGGAUCCGGUGGGUCUGGAGGAUACGGCGGCGGCUCUAGUGGUGGCCUGGUAGGAGGAUCCGGUGGUGGCGGUGGCCUAGGCGGUGGCCACGGCAGUAGUGGAGGCUUCGGAGGUGCUGGAGGCCUUGGUGGAGGCCAUGGAGGUAGUGGUGGACUUGGAGGAGGUCAAGGGGGUAGUGGAGGAUUUGGAAGUGGAGGCGGCCUAGGCGGUGGUCUUGGCGGUGGUCAUGGAGGCAGUGGUGGCUACGGUGGUAGCGGAGGCUCAGGCGGUGGUCUGGGAGGAGGGCUUGGAGGUGGAAGUGGUCUGGGAGGCGGUCAUGGAGGCGGCGCUAGCUUAGGAGGUGGUUCUGGUGGAUAUGGAGGCGGUGGUCACGGAGGCUCCGGGGGAAGUGGUGGGUGCACCUCAGGCUGUGGUGGCUCAGGGGGAUACGGAGGAUCUCACGCGUCCGCCAGCGCUCACGCUUCCGCAUCAGCUAGUGCUGGCGGCUACGUAAAACCAAGACGGGAAUGCCUUGGUACAGUCUGCAGGAUGGCACGGCUCGCGUUGCCCGUGGUGGCCCUAGGGCUGGUGGCCUGCGUCUACGCUGCUCCAGGUUAUGGUGGGGGUUCUAACGGCGGGGGAGGAGGCGGCGGCGGUUUCGGCGGCGGCGGUGGCUUCGGCGGAGGUGGCGGCGGUGGCUUCGGAGGAGGCGGCGGCGGCGGCCAUGGAGGCGGGGGAGGAUUUGGAGGCGGCGGUGGAGGCGGCGGAAGCCAUGGAGGCGGUGGAGGCCUGGGAGGAGGCGCCGGCGGCGGCCUAGCAGGCGGAGACGGCCUUGGAGGCGGCGGUGGCGGCGGCUUUGGAGGCGGAGGAGGUGGCGGUGGAGGCUUCGGAGGCGGUGGCGGCCUCGGAAGCGGCAAACUCCUCGGUGGAUUCGUCAAGACGUUAUUAAAUGGCGGCCAUGGCGGCGGUGGUGGACUUGGAGGCGGCGGUGGCGGAGGCCUUGGAGGUGGCGCUGGAUUAGGAAACGGAGCCGGGGGUGGCGGUGGACUUGGAGGCGGCGCUGGUGGAGGCCUCGGAGGUCAUGGAGGCGUGGCCGGAUCGGGAGGCGGCGGCAGCGGCGGCAGUGCUGGCAGUGGCGGCGGCUACGGCGGUGCCGGAGCCCAGGCUUCAGCCAGCGCUAGCGCGAGCUCAAGCGCGGGCGGCUAUGGAGGCCAUAAGGGAGGUUACGGUCGAUAAAUCAAAGAAACACCAAAUUCAACAUUACCUGAAAUGACAUCUCAAAAGCUCAUGUGAUAUAAAUAUACGUACUUUAUUUCGUUAUUGUAAAACAAAUAUUGAUCAAUGUUUGCCAUAUUUUUUU